UUUGUCAUUAUGAUUAUUGUGUUUUUUACUAUAGUUAUUUUUUUAUCAUUGUAUAUUUUUUACUACCAUUAUUAUUAUUAAUUAUUAUUAUUGAAAAUAAAAAACUAUCUUCGAGGAAUUAUUAUUAUUAAUAUCUCCCAUAAGAUAACACGCCUACCUACUUAAAAAAUACAGAUAACCGAAACUUGUAACCCGAGAGAAUUGCCGUUUUCCACCUUCAGUAAUAACAAAACUAUUGACGAAUUAAGUCUAUUUUUUCUGAUUUUCGGUUACCGUAUUUGCUAUGGAUCGUUGGAAGGGAAGUUUAGCUGUGGUGACUGGAGCUAGUGCAGGCAUCGGCAAAGCCACUACUAUAGAACUACUUAAGUCAGGUGUUAACGUUGUAGCUUUAGCCAGACGAGGAAAUAUUCUUAAGUCCAUACCCGAUGAAUUGCCAAAAGAAAACAAUGGGACUUUUGGUAUAUUGUACCCAAUAGAAUGCGACAUCACGGACGAAAACGCGGUGAAAACCGUAUUCAGUUGGAUAGAUGGGAAUUUAGGAGGGAUCAGCAUUAUGAUCAAUAACGCUGGCCUUUUACGAAGAAGCACUCUCUUAGGUGGCACAACCGAAGACUGGAAAUCAAUUUUGGACCUCAACGUCGUAGCACUUUCUGUGUGUACCAGGGAAGCAUACCAAUCGAUGGCAAAAUAUAACAUUGCCGGACACAUUAUUCAAAUUAACAGUAUUUCAGGACACGCCUUAACUCCCGGGUUUGGAAAUAAAAUGUACAAUGCAUCCAAAUUCGCUGUAACGGCUUUGUGCGACGGACUAAGACACGAAUUGCAGAUGGUCGGGUCAAAAAUAAAAGUCACGAGUUUAAGUCCGGGUUUAGUUAAAACAGAAAUACAUGCCGCAGCCAAUUGGCCUUUAGGAGAAUCAGUAAGCAACGUUCCACCGCCCUUGUCGCCAAAAAACAUAGCAGAUACAAUUAUUUUGGCUCUCUCCACACCGCCGGAAGUCUUGAUUGCAGAGCUCACAGUUUUCGGAGUAGGUAGUACUAUUCAAAUGCAUACCUCGCCUCGUCCACCAUUUACAAUUUCUUAAUUGAUUACAAUACUUUUUUAUAACGUUUCAUUACAUAUAUUAUACAAUAUACGUUUACAAUAUUUAUCAUAAUAUCAUUUAACAUAUUAUUAUAUUAUAACAUAUAAAUUAUCUAUGUUAUAUUCUGUAGUGAAUUAAACACAACUCUUACGUC